UGCGCUCUCCGGCGGCCGCCACGUCACACCGGACUCCGGGAAGAUGGCGUUCACUCUGUACUCUCUGUUGCAGGCCGCCCUGCUCUGUGUCAAUGCCAUCGCCGUGCUACACGAGGAGCGAUUCCUGAGCAAGAUUGGUUGGGGAGCGGACCAGGGAAUCGGUGGUUUUGGUGAGGAGCCGGGGGUCAAGUCGCAGAUGAUGAACCUGGUGCGCUCAGUGCGGACGGUGAUGAGAGUUCCGCUGAUAAUUGUGAACUCGGUAUCGAUCGUGCUACUUCUGUUGUUCGGUUAAAGGUAUACCGAGUAGAAAUGAGGGAAGCACAUGACCAAAAGACCAACUGGACCGGAUGAACGUUUACUAUGUAUGAAGACUGAGAAGAGACA